AUGGGGAACUGUGUUAGUCAAGGAGGUCAAAAGGAAUUUCUAAAAUCUCUUCGAACCUCUUGUUUUAUCUUUGUGUCGUUCCAAAUUUUUAAUGAUAACAAAAGCUUGAAGAAUUUUUUCAUGAUUUUUAUUCAUUUUGCAGGCGUUCUAAAAGUGACGGACAGAGAAAUACUUUGGCCUUUUUUAUAUCUUCGCCGUUACGGUUUUACAUCUGGUGGUGUUUUCUUUUUCGAAAGUGGUCGUAGGUGUUCUACUGGUGAGGGUUUGCAUACGUUCCAAACUUAUCAGUCUGAAGUGAUAUUUCAGGAUAGCGCUUCAGUAAAUUCGGCAGCGAGUGACCUUGCAAGGCAGUCAAUUGUUGAUAAUCUAAGGAAUGCUUGUUUAUACCGUACUGGUCGAGUUCCUGCUAAUUCGCGCAUUCACCCAUUGCAGAGAUAUUUCUCUGAAGGUGUUGUAUUUGACAGCCUUGCAACUUCUUUUGUAACAUAUGGUGCCUCUUUUUGA